GUCCCAGCAUAAGCAGGUGUGGUUUCGGUCGGCCAUUUUAUGCUGUCGUCUUUCCACAUCGACACAUAUCUGAAAGAAGGAAGUGUGGGUUGUAGCCAUGGGGUUCGACUGUUGUUGUUAAAAGAAUAGUGACCAAAUAUGGAUACCUUAGAUGAUCCCGAAAGGUGCGUAGUUGUCCAUGGUCUGCCGGCUGACGUGCCAGCUGGGACCCUGAAGGACAAGUUGAAUAUCCACUUCCAGAGUAGGAGGAAGUCUGGCGGGGGCGACGUCAGGAAGGUGGAACUGACAGACGGUGGGCAGGUGGCGUAUGUUUGGUUUGAAGCCCGAGAAACGGCACAAAACGUCCUUCAGCGACAGGAACAGGUCUUUGAAAUCACCGUUAACGGCGAGAAACGAGAGGUUCCGCUGAGGGUUGAGGCGCGCCCAGCUACCCCCAUCCCACCUGACCAACCUGAGAGUGAUGACAAGGAUGUCACCGAGAAAUCUACUGAUAUAGACGACAGUGCUGACAAGAAACCCACCGAGACUUCAGAAGAAACCAAAGAAGAGGGAGAAACAACUGAGGGACCGGAUUCAGAACGCACAGAUUCAUUGGACGACUUCGUCGUUCUGGAGAGAGAGGGAAUAGAGGAUUUCGAUGCCCAAACAGAGAGUCAGCCAGACGACGGAGCGACCGCCGGCUCCCCGGAGAAGUACGUGCCGUCGGAAACUGAGCGCAAACUGCUUCUACAAGACGCGCAGCGUGAAUUUGGCUUGGACAAACCGUCAAUUGUACCUUCGGUUAACCUGUAUGAAGGGAAUACUCCGAACAGCUCUGUCAAGUCCAAGACGGGCCGAGAGGAGGAGAAGCCGCUGAACAACGCCGUGAUGACGGGAAGUUACAUCUCCCCAUCCAUUGUACAUAUACAGGAGGGGGCGCUUCUCAAGGUUCACCGAAAUGUGAUGACCCCUGAUGGAGCCAGCCCAGAGGAGGAGCCGGAGGAGGAGUCGGCAACCGGACAAGAUGAGCGGGAAGACGACGUCACACAGGAAACCGAUAGCAUCGACCCUGAGGAGAUAACAGAUACAGGUACUGAUGGAGAAAACUGCACCAUCGUGGUGAAAGGGAUGAAAGAGACUACCGAUGACGACACGCUGAGGGACUUCUUCGAGAGUAAGAGGAUCUCUGACGGCGGCGAGGUCAAGAGUCUGGACAGGAAGGACGGAGUGCUGACGGUCACGUUCACAGAUGCUACAGCUAUCAUCGCUGUCCUAAAGAACGUACCUCUGCAGCUGGAAGGUGCGGAGUUGAUGGUGUCAGUCCCGGCGGCGGAACGUCCUCGGGAGCCGGCACCUAUCGACCAACGCAGGGUGUUCUUAACGGGACUUCCGAAGGACACCGACGCCGAGACAGUGACAAUGUACAUGGAGGCCAGGGCUAGAAGCGAGGUCCAGGCUGUUGAAUUCGGCAAAGAACCAGGAACCGUCCUCGUUAGCUUUGAGGAAGUCAUGCAAGAUAUGGAGACAGUCAUACGGAAGUGCCAGGGAAAGCCGCUUCGAGGCGCCACACUCUCGGCCGUCCCCGUCUUUAUGACAGAUUGGAUCGUUGUGACAAACUUACCAGAGCAGGCCACCACGCACAAGGACACCGUUUCUCUUUACUUCGAAAGCAAGAGGCGCAGCGGAGGGGGCGACGUGUCCGAUGUAAAGCUUAUUCCCGAGGAGAAGAUGGCGUACGUCCAGUUUGAAGACUACCAAAGUGUUUCCAACGUCAUCAAGCGGGAGCACAAGCUCCAACAAACAGCGGUACAAGUCCAACCGUUCUACCCUUGCCUCGGAAUGAAGACUGCAACUGUCAAACCUGAACCAAUCAAACUGCCACCACCGAUCGUGGCUCAGGUGGAGCCAAUUGUCAUGGAGUACAUGACCAGCGAUGUCGACUCCAUGUUGUUCGUGAAGUCAUCCCUUCGCUCUGUCUCCGCAUCACUGGUGUGGCCCCACGAAGACGACCGCAGACUCGCAGCCAUUGUUCCAUCGUUUGCAGAGAACAAAGCUGCACGGGCCAUUGAUGAGCAUGACUGGUCCCGUGAGGCGUUGAACACCUUCAACAAAAUCCUCUUGAGUUUCUCUUCUGAGUCGAUCCAGGUUCCCGCCACUGUCUGGGACACCGUCUCGACCCGACUGGCGCAGAUAUGCAACCGUUCUGAUCCAGACAAAAAAGUGGUGAUGAAGGUAAGUUCCGCCGACCAGGCUGUGACGCUCACAGGGCCAAAGGUGCAUGUUUCCGAAGUUGAAACGGCCAUACGAGACUCCAUCUCCAAACAGGAGGAGGAAUAUGCGAAGGAAACAGCAGUUGUCCUUGGUCCACCCAUAGAGAUGAAGCCACUGGAGCUGCAGCAUCUCUUGGAGACCGGGUACAUCGAAGCCGUGGCGAAGAAACACCGCGUGGAAGUAGACACAGCUGGACGUCUUGUUUUUAAGGGGGUUUCCGGGGCCAUCAAUGCCGCUACAGUCGAAGUGUACGAAAAGCUCAGGAAGAUAUCGACCAACCAGAUGCCUGUGUCAGCAGCCGAGGGAUUUUUACGCUUCGUUGCCAGAGACCCGUGGAAGUCGUACAUCAAACAGUGCAUGAAGGAACAGCGGAUCCAAGCUCACUGGGCCGUAGAGGGGGGGAUGCUCACCGUUGUGGCCGAAUCAGAGGACGAGUAUCUCAAAGCAGUCGACCGGUUCAGGAGCACGGUGACGGAGACGGAAAUGCCUGUCCAUGGUCCAGCUCUGAAGGUCCUCGACUCGGACAAGUGGACAACUUUCCUCUCUACUAUCCAGGACUCAUUUUCGGGACUUGUCCAAAUAACUGUCAACAGUGACAAGGAUGGGAAACUUGUGUUGGUUACAGGUCCGUCUGAGAACGUCAACAUGGUGAAGGAGCAAAUCGACCAGUUCUUGAAGAACAACACUGUACUAGAGCGCUUUGUGGAGAUGCCAGUCGGUGUGGCGGAGUUCCUGCAGAAGAUGAAGAAGGAGGCCAUAGGCAAGUUGCAGGGGAGACUUCAAAAGGGUGAUGGCUACAUCACGGCGACCACAGAUGGAGAGGUGGCGGGAUUCACACUUGUGGGGACCGAAGAUGGCAUACAAGAAACCGCCAAACAUCUCCAGCGCCUACAGGGCAGCGUUACACAUCAGCAACUAUCCAUCCAAAACCCGGGGAUGAAGAAAUACUUUUCACCCGGACAACCUGGAGAAGAAAAGCUGAAGUCCAUUGGGGACGUUUUCAACUGCAUCAUCAAUACACACCAGGAAAAGAAACCAGACGAUAUGCAUUGCAAGCCCUUUAAUCACGUUCUACUCCCUCGAAGCAGAAAGCUGGUCGUCUUUAAAGACGAUCUGACAAAGCACCACGUCGAUGCCAUCACGAACGCGGCAAACAAGAAUCUGAAGAACGGAGGUGGUCUUGCGGAAUCAAUCAUAAAGGCAGGCGGCAAGGAAAUCCAGGAUCAUUGCGACCAAAUUAUGAAGGACGAGCCCGCAGGCUUGAUGGUUGGUGCCGUGAGGGUCACUGGUCCUGGCAAGUUGCCGUGCAAGGCAGUUAUCCAUGCUGUUGGGCCGAACUUUCACGAGAUCAAAGACGACAAGCGCUCCCGAGAUGAGCUGUUCAAAACGGUCACCAAUGUCCUGGAGAUGGCAUCGCGAUAUGGCUUCAGCUCUGUAGCGAUCCCUGCCAUAUCAUCCGGCAUAUUUGGGGGGCCGCUAGACCUUUGCACCAAAACGGUGGUCAGGGCUACCGGCUUGUACUUCAAGAAGAACAAGGAGAGCAAGGUGAAUGAAGUCCACUUCGUUGGAAUCGACUUGGAUAUCGCCCAAUCGUUCAACAAGGCCUUACUGGAGACCUUCAAUGAGUACGGAGGAUGGAAUCCGGAUUCGGAGUCUCGGGAGAAUAGUCUAGAGUCGGUCGUGCUACCACCUGCUGAAGCGCGAGGACCGCCACCAUGUCCGCCGGAGUACGGUGAGCACCUGGUAACCCCGAGUUCCUACAGCAUGUUCACUAACCAGGGACUGAAGAUCACGCUCAUCAGAGGCAGCAUUUCAGAUCAACAGGCUGACGUUAUUGUCAACACCAUCGGCCCAGACCUGAACCUAAGGACUGGUGCGGUCUCCAAAGCGCUCCUGGAUAAAGGCGGACCCACACUUCAGGUGGAAUGCGAUAAGAUUAAGAGAGACCUCGGACGGCUUCCAGCUCACGGAGAAGUUGUGUAUACAUCGGGGGGAAAUCUGGGAUGCAAUCUAGUGUACCAUGCCGUGUGCUCUUUCUGGAACUCACAGGACACUGCAAAGUCUGAGGACGUUCUACGCAAAAUUGUUACAGCAUGUCUGAAAAGUGCGGACAAAGACAGCAAGCGCACCAUCGCCUUCCCCGCCGUCGGUACGGGAGGUCUGGGUUAUCCUAAGGACGUCGUCGCCCGCCUGAUGUUUGAGGAAACACUGUCACACAGCAACAAAAACCCGGCAGGUGACCUGGAAGAGGCCAAGUUUGUGAUCUUCGAUCAACCAAGUUUUGAGGCCUUUUUGUCCGAGCUUGGUAAACGCACGGAGAUUGGUGCAGGGGCUGCGUCCUUGAUGGAGCCAACAUCAUCUGUGGCUGCUGUCGACAGGGAAGAGCCCGUUGCAGUUCAGAUGACCCCGGACGGAACUUUCAAGACCAAGGUGACCAUGCGGGAUGUCGUGGUGGAGGUUGAGCAAGGCGACAUCACCAGGGAGAAGGUGGACGCCAUCGUUAACCCCACCCGGGGAGACAUGGACCUAUCACUCGGAAAAGUUUCCCAAGUUCUGAAGAAGAAGGGAGGACCUGUUGUACAGACGGAGUGCGAGAAGUAUGACAAGAACAAGUUGAAGAGGGACGGCGUGGGCAUCACGGCUGCUGGCGGCCUGGCUUCCAGGUACAUCCUCCAUCUCGUGGCUCCCGGAUUCGAGACUGAGAGGUGGAAGAAGGCAGUCAUGAACUGCUUAGCUUAUGCCGAAUGUCAUCAACUGAAAAGCUUGGCCUUUCCAGCACUAGGGACCGGACAAAUGGCCAAAGACCCGACGGAGUCAGCCACGAUGAUCAUCGAGGCCAUUGCUGACUUCGCCCAGAAGAAAAAUCCCAAACACCUGAAACAUGUCCGCAUUGUGAUCUUUGAAGCAGGCAUGAUGAAACCGUUCCACGACAAGCUGGGAAAAUGUUUGAAAACGUCUUCCUCCUUGUCUCUGAAGAGUUUCGUGUCAGGAGUGAAGAAACUGGUGAAGAAGAUACGUCCGGAGCCGGCCAAGCUGCCCCCGCCCAAACCACAGAAGCCGGUUGUUCUGCUCGACAUCUACGCGGGCAGCAAGGAGGACGUGGAGUCUGCCGUCAACAAGAUCCGCGAGACCGCCAACAGGGAGAGCAAAUCUCACGACAUCGCCGACAAGCUCAUCGCACGGCUGACAGACAACGACGUCGCGACCAUUCUGCAGAAGGCGUUAGAACGAGACGUCUACAUGGAGAUCUGCAAUGGCGGGAAGAAGAUCCUCCUUCAGGGGCUUGCUGAGGACAUCCUAGUUCUACAGUCCGAAAUCCACCAGAUCCUGGCCCGCGUGAUGAACGAGGGGAAGCAGCAGGAACACGCCCAGCUCAUCGCCGGAGUCAUCAAGUGGGUUUACGUGGACCAGGGUACCGAGGUGGAGUUUGACAGGCUCACCAACCUAAAGAUCGAAAAUGCACUAAACGAGGGGCACAGUCGGGUCAGGGUUGACGUUGAUGACGUCGGGGAGUGUUUGGCCCACAUUGACAAAAACAUCCUCGUGACUGUACAAGAGGGACAUCGUUACAAGCUGAAGAGGAAGACUGCAGGCGAACCAGAAUUCCCCUCUACCUGGACUGCCGUGAAAAGUGACUUCGACAUGGUCAGUGUUGACGCCAACAGUCCAGAGUACGACGGCAUUGUCAAGGCUUUCAGGCAAUCCGCCGGAGGGAACGCCAUUGAAAUACAAUCGGUGAAACGCGUUCAGAAUCGCCUCUGCCACACGCAGUACAUGGCGACCAAGAAGGAGAAAGAAACGAGCGGCAGGAUCAGUAACAGAAACCUAGAGCGCCGUCUGUACCACGGGACGUCAGCUGAAACGUGCGACAAGGUCGCUCGGCACGGCUUCAACAGAUCAUUCUGCAGAACAGAAAACCUGUUUGGAUCCGGUGUCUACUUUGCGAGUUCGGCCUUCUACGCCCUUCAGGAUUCCUACUCCCGUCCGGACGAUCAGGGCUACAAACAUGUAUUUGUGGCGAAAGUCCUGACUGGAGACUACUGCAAGGGCGCGCCGGACCUCGUGACUUCUCCGUCCAAAACACAAGACGGCAGUCUCCUCUACGAUAGCGUGGUUGAUGACGAGGAAAACCCGAACAUCUUUGUGGUGUUCCACGACACAGUGGCGUACCCCGAGUACCUCAUCACGUUCAAAGAAAAGUCCGACACCCCAGAUGAGUGGACCAGGAUGAGGUACGAUACUGCUCUCGCCAUUGAACCCGUGGACCGCACAACAGCUGAGUAUCAGCGUGUGUCCCGGAUGUUCACAGACACCAUCACUGGCAACAAAACUAUCCUUAAGAUCGAACGGAUUCAAAGUCGGUUCCUAUGGACCCAGUACCAGCAGCGGAGACAGGUGCUGUCCGCCAUCUUUCCACCCGACAUGCCUUUCGAGCGGCAACUGUUCCACGGGGUUUCUGGGAACAUGUGUGAAGACAUCAGCAUCCAGGGCUUCAACUCGCACAACGCGGGAAAUUAUAACCAUGAUUACGGUGUCGGUGUGUACUUCACCGUCAACUCAGCUGACUCCGCAGACGACCGCCACGCCCCGGCCGACAGCGCGACCGGACAGCGGCACAUGUACCUGGCGCGGGUGCUGACGGGAGGGUCCUGUCAGGGGGCUCCUGGGCUGACCCACCCCCGGCCCUGGGACCUGCCGGACGGGACAGGGGACGUGGACGACGCCUGCCUCAGCGCCGUGGACGACACGGACAAUCCCAAGACUUUCGUCAUCUUCGACGUCGUUGCGGAGGUUCAGGCUUAUCCUGAGUACCUGAUCACGUUCAAGUGAGCACAGUGUGCAUCACGAAAUGUAACGUUAUGGUUCGUAAGCACUUCUCUGCCUAGCAUUGAGCGACUAAUGCGCCACAUUUUCAUUGAAAAAGAACUACUAUUGUUUUUAAUGGAGUUUCAGCAUAUGGCUAUACAUUAAGACAUUCAAGAUAAGCAAGACAUGUAGCUAUUUGAAACAAAUCUAAUUGUUUUGUUGUUGUGACAAACGCUUUGGUUGCUUACAGUACAAUUAGCGGCUAUAGCAAAUAGUUUUACGUAGUGUUAGCGAUGUCUCUAAGACUAGGACUUGUUGGCAAUGUAUACACAAGGUACUUGAAGUAUGUAUAACACAAUUGUUUCUAUAAUGGAGAAAUGGUACAAGAGAUCCGCGUAAUGAGAAAAUAUAAUGAAGAAGGACCAGCCAUGAGAUCAUUGCUUUGACAUUAAUAUAUGACUGUUAACAAGUAGGACUGUCUCUAAUUCUCUAAACGCGCAGUUUGGUAUUAUUACUAAUUAUGACUAACGUGUCCCUAUCAUAAUCCGUAUAUAAUGUAUAUCAGAACCAAGUGUACACAUUGAGAAGAGUACGGAGUGAUAUUCAUUGCAUUUCUUUGAUGGUGGUCAACACCUUGUAUCUUUACGUUUCUAUAGCAUCAUUCAAAUCUGUGGAUGUGAUGCGUUAUUUCCAAACACGGUCUCCAUCGUAGAAUGGUACAUAGCAUAGCUUCUGAAUAACCUAGAGAUUUUUUGUGUUCAUCGGAUAAAUGGCUUGAGUU